AUGCUGAGUGAACCCCUUGGAGACCAACACCUUGGCUUCUCAGAUAAACCAAAACCAGAUAACAAGCUAUAUCCUGUAUUAGAUGAGUUUAUAAAUCUAGAUCUGGAAUCAUUCUCUGAGGACUCUAAUGAGGACGAAUUAGAUGAGCGAGAAAAACUAGACCUAGAGGAAGCUGCGGCUGGUUAUGAGUGGGACCAUUAUGAGCCCCUAGGGGCUUCGGCACCGCCGAAGCCUCUCCCACCGCCCUAUGCUCCUCGAAGAACUAAAGUAGGGAUAACAGCACCUUGCGGCAGCUCACUGCUCCCUUCAGAGACAUGGAGAAAAGCUGCGCUGGCAUAUCCAGUAUUCGAGGACCCAAACAACCAGACACGACAUCACGAACCAGUAUCUCAUAAACAGCUAAAAGAUUUGGUUGAGUCAGUAAGGACAUAUGGGGUGACGGCCUCAUUUACUAUAGCACAAAUAGAGCGCCUGGCUUAUCAUGCUAUGACACCUGCUAAUAUCGCUCAGUCUUUUAAUCAGAACCGAAUUCUGUUGGAGUAUCUGAGAGGCAACUGGUCACAGGAGGCAGAGAAAUUAUCCCAGCAGUUGCUUACUCAGAUCAUCGCUCUCAAUGAAACCCGGCUCGAUCCUGUCACCCUCGGGGACCUUACCUCCACCUUCUCUUCUCUCUUUUCUUAUUUUAAGGAGUGGGUGGGUGUAUUUUUAUUUGGAGCUUGCAUUUUUUGCGGCUUCGUGUUUUGUCUAUGGUUGCUGUGCAAACUGAAAAGAACUCGAGCCAGAGACAAAGUCCUGAUCACUCAAGCCCUGCUUGCCUUAGACCUUGGUACUUCUCCUGAAGUUUGGUUGGCAACCUUUAAAGACUCUUAAAACCCCUUGCUUUUUACUGUUCUAUCAUAGCCAUUGCACCGUGUGGGAAUGUUCUCCCAUUGCACCACGAAUGGUAUGAGUGUCUCUCUUUCUUUCUGUGGCCCCUGGUCCUUGCACCCACUGAGCUUGUUCUCAUUGCACGUGGUAGGGCAGGGUAAACCUUUUUCGAUCUGGGAUAGCCUGUUCUCGAUCGGACCUCCCUUCAGGAUGGGCGGACCUUGAUCGAACAGAGUCCUGAGCCAAACUACUCAUCUUAAGAAAAACAAAAGGGGGAGAUGUUGGCCGC